AUGGCUCAAGAGAUGAUUGAUAUGUCGCGGCAAGCAACCAAAUUUUAUCAAAAGAUAUUAGAUACUGCAAAGGCUAUAUUUUUACCGUGGUUUUUGAAAAAAAAGGGGUGUACGAGUGGUCUAGGAGCUUAUACAUACAAACUGAAUUAUAGAGAAGGGGAAAGACAUGCAAACGCAGAUGCAUUAAGUCGAUUGCCAUUGGAGACGCCGGAAUUCAGUAUUCCACUUUUAGAAAAAAUAAAAAUAUUGGAAUCAACACAGGAUAUAUCAUUAAAAGCGAGAGACAUCGGAAAAAAGACACAAGUGGAUCCAAUACUAUCCAGAGUACAUCAAUGGUUACUUCAAGGUUUCCCUGCGGAACAACAGGAGAAUAGAUUUGCACCUUUUAUAAAACGCCAAACAGAACUGUCGGUGCACAGAAAUUGUGUGUUAUGGGGAUCACGUGUAAUAAUUCCGGAAUGUGCUAGAGAAUUAGUACUCCAGAUGCUACACAAUGCACAUCCGGGAAUAGUUAAAAUGAAGGCAAUAGCUCGUAGUUACGUUUGGUGGCCAGGAAUGGACAAAGCCAUUGAAACAUAUGUUCAAGGACACACAUGGGUAUCCCCGGGAAAACCAUGGAUCCGUCUACACAUUGAUUUCGCAGGACCUUUCCACGGGAAAAUAUUUAUGUUAAUCGUAGACGCGUAUACCAAAUGGCUGGAAGUUUUUCAAAUGAGCAAUUGUACGGCACAGGCUGUAAUUACAAAAUUACGAAAUCUCUUUGCGACACAUGGACUGCCACAGAUCAUAGUAUCAGACAAUGCAACAGUAUUCACGUCAAAUGAAUAUCAGGUUUUUCUUCAGAACAAUGGGAUAACAGCAAUGUACAGCGCACCAUAUCAUCCCUCAUCUAAUGGACAAAUCGAAAGAUACGUGCAAACGCACACCACUCCCAGUAUGGCAACAGGCACAUCACCGGCAGAGCUGUUAAUGGGACGACGCCUACGAACAGCGUUAGACGGACUACAUCCUAAUAGUAAACAAGAUACAACAACGCAAAAGAAUAUAAAUAUUCGGAUAUUCGAAGCGGAAGACUCAGUUUGGGCCAGAACUUAUCUUACAUCACAGAAAUGGAUAGCAGCCUGGAUAGUAAAACCAGUUGGACGAGUAACAUAUGAAAUCCGUACUAUUGAUGGGAAAAGUUGGAUAAGACACAUUGACCAAUUACGGCCCCGAGCAGGAACAGUAAUCGAAAAAACCGACGAUUAUAACUGGGAUGAGUUUCCUAGCACAGAACAAGCACAAGUUGCUGAAGCAGGACUAGAACAACAAACAGAAGAAGCACCAGAACAAGUAUUGUGA